UCCUCGGUCUGACAGAAGCCGUUGCUUGCGUCUGAGACGACCGCACUGACGCGAUGGAGGUGCCGGUGCCGAUCAAGACGGGGUCGUGGAGCCCUGAGGAGGACGCGCUGCUGGUGGCCCUCGUCCGGCAGCAUGGCGCGCGGCGGUGGAGCGUGAUCAGCGCCGGCGUCCCCGGGCGCACGGGCAAGUCGUGCCGGCUGCGGUGGUGCAACCAGCUCAGCCCGGCCGUGCAGCACCGUCCCUUCACGGCGCAGGAGGACGCGCUCAUCAUCGCCGCGCAGUCGCGCUACGGCAACAAGUGGGCCGACAUCGCGCGCCUCCUCCCCGGCCGCACCGACAACUCCGUCAAGAACCACUGGAACUCCAACCUCCGCAGGUGCCAGCGCCGCGCCAAGGCCAUGGCCGCCGCCGCCGCCGCGCGUGCCGCCGCCUCCUCUUCCUCGUCGUCCGGAUCGGCCGCGAGAGCCAAGACGCAACAGCAGGAACAGGUCGUGGUGAUGAACGGGACGCCGCCGGCCGCCGUGCAUGGAGCGGGUACUGCUGCCGUCGAUGACCCGCUGCCAAUGCCGUCGCUGACGCUGAGCCUGGGCCUGCCCCAGAUGGCCGCGGACUGGGCGUCGGAGGAGGCAAAGGCAAAGGAAAAGGAAAAGACACCACCGCCGGUGGGCGUGGGGGACGGUGAAGUGCGGCUGAUGGCGGCGAUGCGGCAGCUGGUGAGGGAGGAGGUGGAGAGGCAGGCAGGGCAGCUCUUGUACUCGGUCAUCAUGGCCACCACCGCUGCCAGGGCCGACGGGACAUCGCCGUCCGAUGGCCCAACCAACGGCCACCACUAAGGUGGGUAGUAAAUCAUAUAUGGAUGGUUUUCAGUGUAAUCUCUGUCAUUUAAGUUUGUGUUGUUUCAAGACAUUCCCCUGUUGAAUCAUGUAAUAUCUUCCGUGUUUGCUAUUGGCAAGUUGCUUGAAUUUGCAACUCG